CUUCGAAGUAAGUGUGGCUUUAUUUUUUUAUUCAUAAGCUUCUUUUGUCCUUUUGCUUGCUCUUUGCUACUAUAUAACCAGCUAGUCUCAAACUCUUUCUCUUCCUCCUUCACUUUGAGUUUCGUGAGCAAGUUAAAUUAUUUCAAAGAGAGGCAAAUAUGAUCAAAUUGAGGUCAAAGAAGUUUUGUAGAGGCAGUUUCAAGUUUGGUGGCAAUAGUAACAAUAGUAGUAAUGCUAAAGGAGGAAGUGAGAAAGACACUUGUGGAAAUAUUAGUGAAAUCAAAUGGGAGCUUAGGCCUGGUGGUAUGCUUGUUCAAAAGAGAGAAAGUGGAGAUAGUGUUGGAGAGUUUAUUAUUGUUAGAGUCUCAACUCUAUCUAAAUGGCAUGAUAUAUCCAUUGAAGCAACUUCAACUUUUGGGGAAUUGAAGAUGAUAUUGUCACUGGUAACUGGAAUGGAGCCAAGAGAGCAAAGGCUAUUGUUCAAAGGAAAAGAGAGAGAAGAUAGUGAAUAUUUGCACAUGGUGGGUGUUAGGGACAAAGACAAGUUGUUCUUGUUAGAAGAUCCAGCCAUCAAGGAGAGGAAACUCCAUGGCUUGCUUCCUUGUCGUACUAUAAGUGUAUAAAACUAAUUAAUUAAGAGGAAUAUAUCUUAAUUAUAUAUUGUCCUUUAAUUAAUUAUUACUAACCACAAAACAGAAUUGUAUUAUUGUGGCAGUUUGACCUAUUUAAUUAUGCUUAAGCUGAUGCAUAUCCUAGUCAUUUUCAGGGUGUUCUUUGUUUGUAAAAUUGCUGCUUCCUGUACUAGCUUGUAAAAAUUAGUGUACUAAUAUGAUUAAAAAUGGAGUAUAUUGCAUUUUCAGGGUGUCCUCUGUUUCUAUUGUA